UUCUACGGUGACAGCAAAACUCAUUUUACUAUAACAUGGACAGCCGAUGGAUACAGAUCAACCGGGUGUAUUGACUUAAAAUGUGAUGGAUUCGUGCCAGUUAACUAUGCACCAAUUACCCCAGGAGAUAGUUUGGAGGGGCAAAGUAAGAUAUCAAUCAAGAUAUUCAAGAAAAAGGAUGAUGGAGAUUGGUGGUUAUACUUUGGUCAUGAUGGUCAGAACCUUGCUCCCGUGGGAUUUUGGCCAAAGAAUAUCUUCACCAGUUUGGCAGACCAUGCAAAUAUAAUAACUUGGGGAGGCUACACGGGAUCUUUUUCAGGAGAUUCCAGCCCCCCAAUGGGGAAUGGCAAGUGGCCAGGAGCAAAUUCUGCAACAUAUCAAGAUGUCCAGUAUGUUAGCGGUGAUGGCCAAGGCUACGCUCCCCCUCCGUGGCCCGGUGGUGUUCAUGCCGAUGUGACCCAUAAGAACUGUUAUCAACUGAGCCCGUUUACGAAUAACAUGUUCUACUAUGGGGGUCCGGGAGGUUGUAGUGAUUAG